AUGGCAAUGAUCCGGCACUAUCCGCUGCCCCCGGCGCUGACCGAGAACCCCUUUCCUGGGUCUUCCUUGCCAGUGUCGGGGAUGACCAGCGGAUUGCUCUCAAAUGGUCUGGACUAUCCGAUCCUGGCGCGCAACCCUCUUGGCUGGGAUGGCCACCCGCCACCUAGCCCUUUGCAGCAGUGGGCGCAGGUGCCUGAAGGUGACGCGUCUGCAGAAGCUGCCUCGGAGGGCUUGGGCGUGGGCACGCCGGUGCGCCUAUGCAACUUCUUUGCGCAGGGCACCGACAAAUACAAUGGCCUGAUUGGUGACGUGGCGGGCGUGCGGAUUGUGGCCUCAGGCGCAGGGGAGGAGCAGUUCCUUUUUGAUGUGCGGUGUCCUUCCAGCAUCGCGCGCAGGAGGACGACUGUCUCGUCUUCCCAAGUUGCUCAAGAUGCGGCCCUGGCGAACCGCAAGCAGCUGGCGCCGCUGUAUGGUCUUGAGCCAGAAGAGGUGUUGCGCUUUGACGACCUGCGCAUGCCACCCUUCCUGCUGCUGACCCAGCUGCCCAGCGAAAAGCUGGAGGCAUUGCAGCGCUGA